CCAUCUUACUUCAACUGUCAAACGCAAAUGUCAAAAACAUUCGGCAACAAAUCGUGAAAACCGUGCAAUUUCCACGGAAUAAUCAAUCAAUUACGUAUUAAAAUGUCGGAAAAUGGGCACCACGAUGCGUAAGAAAACACAAGUUUCGUUCGUGAUACGCGAUGAGGAGGAAAGGAGGCAUAAAAAUGGGGUUAGCUCACUACAAUUGGACCCAAUUGCGGGAAGGCUGUACUCAGCCGGCAGGGACGGUAUUAUCCGGGUUUGGCACACAGGAACCGGAUCCCAGGAUAGGUACGUCCAAAGCAUGGAACACCACACCGACUGGGUGAACGAUAUAGUGCUUUGCUGCGGCGGUAAAAAUCUUAUAAGUGCUUCAUCCGACACCACUGUCAAAGUGUGGAAUGCACCCAAAGGAUUCUGUAUGUCAACUCUACGAACUCACAAGGACUAUGUACGUACACUAGCGUAUGCUAAGGAUAAGGAGCAAGUGGCCAGCGCAGGGCUAGACCGCGCUAUAUUUCUCUGGGAUGUGAAUACUUUGACUGCACUUACUGCUAGUAAUAACACAGUAACUACAUCAAGUCUUGUUGGAAACAAAGAGUCUAUAUACAGUUUGGCUAUGAAUCCACCUGGUACUAUACUGGUUAGCGGUUCUACAGAGAAGGUACUCCGAGUUUGGGAUCCUCGGAAUUGUUCCCGACUUAUGAAGUUAAAAGGACAUGCAGAUAAUGUCAAAGCGUUAGUUAUAAGCCGUGAUGGCACCCAGUGUGUCUCUGGAAGCUCUGACGGAACGAUAAAACUGUGGUCUCUGUCACAGCAACGUUGCGUAUCAACAAUCAGGGUCCAUUCAGAAGCUGUGUGGGCGAUACUAGCUACAGACAACUUCAGUCACAUCAUAUCAGGUGGGAGAGACCGGUUGGUCAUCAUAACGGAGUUACGUAACCCUGAUAACUUCAUGAUAGUAUGUGAAGAAACAGCUCCAAUACUUAAACUAUGUUUCACCGCUGACCAGCAAGCGGUGUGGGUAUCAACAUCGGAAUCAGACGUCCGAUGCUGGAAACUACCACCGCUAAGCUCGCUAUCAUCAGAGGCUUACAGCACUACUAAUUAUAAUACAAAUAAUGUGUACCAAACACAACCCAUGUAUAACAUUCCUGGAGGCCCAGCUAUAAAACACUAUACAGUAUUGAACGAUAAACGUCAUGUCCUCACGAAAGACACGGCUAGUAAUGUAGCCCUGUAUGAUGUAUUGAAGGCAAGCAAGCUUGAAGACCUAGGCCAAGUUGAUUAUGAAGAGGAAGUGAAGAAACGAUUCAAGAUGGUGUAUGUACCUAAUUGGUUCAAUGUAGAUUUGAAGACUGGAAUGCUGACUAUUCACUUGGGACAGGAUGAGACUGACUGUUUGAGCGCGUGGGUCAGUGCAAAAGAAGCUGGUUUAACUACUGAAAACGACCAGAAAGUGAACUUUGGUGCACUCCUUCUCCAAGCAUUACUGGAGCACUGGAACCAUCCAAACAGGGUCAACGAGGCCGGGCAGAAAGUGGUGGGCAACAGUUUCUUUAGUGUACCUGUGCAUACUCCACUCAUAUUCAGUGAAGUGGGCGGCAGAACGCUGUACAGGCUGCAGGUGGGUGAUGCAGGCGGUGAAACUGAGGGUAAUCUGCUCGGCGAGACGGUACCCUCUUGGGUGGUUGACGUGGCCGUCGAGAUGUCGGCGCCGAAGCUGAACAAGUUGCCCUUCUACCUAUUGCCGCAUUCCACUUGCCAGAGUAAACAGGAUAGACAGAAGAAGGACCGUCUAGUAGCAAACGACUUCAUCCAAUGCCGUAAAGUGGCCGAGCACGUUGUAGAGAAGAUAGUAGGGGGCGGUGACGUCAACGGUGCGAGUGCUGGCAGCGGGAAGGGCAGCGCCAACGAUGAUAGUGGGAACGACGCGCCCGAAGAGAGGGUCGAGUUGCUGUGCUGUGAUCAGGUCCUUGACCCAAACAUGGACCUUCGCACCGUCCGCCACUUCAUAUGGAAGUCCAACGUCGAGUUCACACUACACUACAGAGUGUUGAAACAAUGAAACCGUCGCGCGUUGUGUUUCUGCGAAUACAGAUCACAUUUGAAAAAGUACUGCGUGUUCAGAUGUGUGGAGUGAUUGUGAAGUGAUAGUGCUACAGUAAUAUCUCUGUUGAUGUAACAAAAUUUUAAACUUCAGUUUUAGAUGUCGGUGUAAAAUUCAGGUAUGUAUACUAAAAUUGUUGGUGUAUCUAAAAAUAUUGUACCUUGUGAGUUUGUCCAUACUAUUCAUGGGUAAUGUAAUAUAUGUCUUAUUUUUAGUUGCUACACAGAAGAACAUAGUACUUUGUUAGCGAGCGAUCAUUCUGGUUGUUUAAUGAAAAAAACUUCUUGACUUUUGAGGGAGCGAAUGUUUUUAAUUUACAUCAUACAACUAUAAAAACUUUUGUAAUGUUCAAACUACUUCUUUAUUAAGUUUUCUCAGUCUUACUUUUGUGAAAAUGUUUACCGGGAUUAAAGUCCCAUUUCACGUUUUUCUGAGAUAAAAUUGAGUCUAUAUUUUAAGUUAGACUUCUGACCAUACAUUGGCGAAUACUUAUUCACUUUCAUACAGUAGUUUUUGCUCUAUGCAUGUACAAACAUACAGUCUGACGGAUACAAAUUCAACAUAGAUACACAAAAAGGAUCCAACCUACAGUAUGGUCGAAAAUGAGAACAGAGUUGCUAAAUUAGUUCUAGUCUAUAAGGUCUAUAUUUAUUCAUUUAUAUUUUCCAUUAUUAAAAAUAAUUUAUAUUAUCCAUUAGUAAAAACAUCUUUAUCAAAAUACGUAACAAAAUACAAAAUGUAAUAUCAAUGAGCAAUAAUAUGAUUAAAACUGCAAUCUUCAUUAUGUCAAAAGUUUCGUUUUGUGGGUUGGAUCAUUUUUGCGUAUCUACGUUCAAUACUAAAAACUAUUGUUUCCUCUACUGUUGUUCUAAUAAAGACCCACGUGUUAGUUUUUUUUUUUCAAUAUCUAUUAUGUACAGCCAUCGGCCUGUUACAUUAUUAUAUGUAAAAAUAGUAUGGAUGAAUGAAUUUUGUACUUUAAUACAAUGGACAUAGAGUUAAAUGGCAGUAUUAGUAUUGGCGCUAGAUUUCAUCUAUGUGCCAUAAUUAAUAUACAUUGAGAUAUUACUGUAUUUAAAACAUUUGAACAAAAAACAGCAUUUCGCAAAGCAUUAUAUUAUUCAAUGCUUAUUAAAUUCUGAUUUUGACUUGUUAAUAUACGGAUAUAUAAGAUGUAUAUGUCAUAUUGUGACAUAUGUAUCAGUGACAUGUUAUAUAACUACAUGUCAUAUGACAUAUAAUUAUCGCAUUAUAUGACUUGUGAAAUAUAACAAAGAUAAUGUUUGUGUGAUACACUCGAUGGUCAUUGUAAAUUAUAAUGAAAGGACUAUAAACAUCUGAGUUGAGACUAUAUUGUGCAAAAAUAUUGUAACAUAAAAACUUUUUUAUUAUUGCUUUGAAUGACGAGACGAGCUUGAUGUUCGUCUGAUGGUAAGCGAUACGACCGCCCAUAAACAGUAGAAACACCAUCCAACAUCUUGAAUUGCAAAGUAUUGUUUGGUAUUCCACAGCGCUCGCCCUCGUGAGACAUGAGUUGUUAAGACUUAUUAUUUACUAUGUUAUAUUAUUAUGUCCAGUAGAUACACUGGGUUGAUCGCAAUUUCAUGACCCUGUCGCUCUGUGCGCCCGCUUUCGCCGGUGUUCACUUACUCUUCCCGUUUUUAAAUUUUGUUUCAUAGUAGGAGUUGUUAAUCCUAAUUUACAUUUCAGAUUAUUUCAGUUGAUAAUUUAAGCUCUUAUUAAAGUCCAUUUCUAGAUGUCAGUAUAAAGAAAGUAUUUUUUACAAUAAAUACCCUUUUUGGCUAAAUCUAUAUUUACUCCAUAUACCAGUGGCGAAGCGUCCAUACAAGCCGAUUCCUACCGGGUUACCUUUUGUAAAUUAAUUAAAAAUAAUAAAAGAAAAACAUAACCCAUAAAGAAGUGAACCCGGCCGCGCAUAGCUUCC